UUUUAGUCAUCAUAUCGUGAAAGGAAAUCGAACGAAACGGAGUAAUUACAAUAAAUUACUCAUCUGGUUCAAACCAAUUUAAAUUGUUUGUUGUGUUUCUUUGUCUCAGUAAAAUUAUUGUGGUGUAAGUCAUACCUAACUCGUUCGUUUUUGGAAGUUUAAGUAUUUGAAAUGGCUGGGCACAAGUAUGUCAAUCCAAACAACUUGUUCGAGGACGAGGAGGACGUAGACGACGACACUUUUGUGAACGCGUACAGGAGCCGUAAUCCGCCACCAUCAGCCGUGACACGUCCUGCCAACACGUCCAGUACAGCGUACGGAGGCCACAUAGCGAACCUAGAACGACAAAGGCAAGUAAUGUUGGAGAGACAAAGAGAGAUCGAACAGCGCACGUUGGACUCUUCCGCACGCAGCGUGCAACUGCUGCGUGACUCGGAAAACAUCGGCAUCGCCACGGCCGAGGAGCUGGCGCGGCAGCGCGACGCGCUCGACAACACCAACCGCCGUCUCGAUGAAAUCAACACCAACCUAAACACGACGCAGAAACAUCUCAAUGGAAUCAAAUCAGUAUUCUGGGGUCUCAAAAACUACAUUUCUGGCAAGUCUGAACAGCCUCCAUCCCGAAGCCAAGCCUCUCCUAAUUCACAAACAGGCCGGGUUGCUGCUAGCAGCAGCAGAUUAAAUGAAACUCUAGAUAAUCUAGGUCCAAUGAGUUCGGGCAUUGGAGACAAUUACAAUUCACAUCCAUCUACUCGGCUACGAGGAAUGAAUGAGCAGACCAUGGCUGACCCCGUGACUGACAGUGACCGUGUUAACAAAAUGUUAGAUGCUAACUUAGAUGAGAUGGUCCAUGCUAUUACAAGACUUAAAGGUUUGGGAGCAGCUCUUGGUGAAGAAAUUGAACAACAAAAUGACCUCAUAGACACCAUCCAGGACAAAGUUGAGGGAGCAGAUAUUAAAAUUGGUCGCCAAAAUAAGACAAUGAACAAACUACUGGGGAAAUAGUGCAUGGUUCUGAAGCUGGGCAUUGUUAUUAGAAAAAUGAGGUAGCAUAUGUGUGCUGAGCACCAAUAUGUUACCUAAUGAACUGUAUCAAUACAUAAAUGUGGUUGCACUUUGUUAUGAAUUCCCAUUUGUCCUGCUUUAUACUCAAAUGACUUUGUUGUGAGGAAAAAUGGGAAUAAUGUUGUUCCCUUAUUUAUAUUAUAUGAGAUGAAGCCUAACAAACUGUUUACUGGCACUCUGUUAUUGGGAAUGCAACUUGUUUUUUGUGGUAAACCCCAUCAUGCAUCUUGCUGGUAAAACCCAAUUUAUUGUAUAUCCCUAAACCAAGUGGCAGUCCCAACUUGCAAUCACUGAUUUCAGCUAUCAAUUACAUAGUUAUAUAGACCACCAACCACCUAUAAAUUGUUGUGUUCUGAUUAUCUCACAGACAUUAGAUAAUGAGAUAUAAUUAGUAUAAUAUAAGGCUAUAUGUAUAAUGUCCAACUACUUGUCUAAACUGGUAAACAAAAAGACACUUGAAUUGUUUUUUGUAACAAAAACAUGUUAUGUAUUCAUAAAUUUAACUACCUAAUUGUAAUAACACACAACUACAUUCUUUGUUUUGGGUUGCAUUGUUUGUUUUUUGUUUAAGAUUUCAUGUCUUUUUACCAAAUAAGUGGAGUAAGAAUGGAUGGGCUAUAGUGGCUAUAGUAGAAGUAGAACAUUGUAAUUAGGUUUAAGUUUUUACCAUUAUACAGGAGAACUUUCCACAUUAUUAUUUUAUUAAACUUAUGUUUCACCACUGUAUAUUUUUGUUACUAUAUUUUUAGGUUUUAUGUACACAUAUUUGUAGAUAAAAAUAUAAAUAGCAAAAAAAAUACUACUAUUGCUAAAUCGCAAACUGCUAAUUAGUGUUAUCAGCAUAAUCACCAAAAGUAUGCUAUAAAUAUAAUAUAAAGAUUUUCCUCAUUAGUUUAUAUGUAUCAUAAAUAAACUUUAUAUGCAGCAA